AAUUUUUUCGGUCAUAGUGUUAUCUAGCUUUAUUUCUCAUGGUAUAUUUUAAUGUACUGGUGGAUUUCCAUGGAUAAAAUAAUACUGGUGGAUUUAUACGCUGUGAGCAUUGUUUCACUUUCAGGGUCGUUAUUAUGAUGCAUACAGUAUAGGGAGUAGGGAGUCAUGUUUCUGUGUGUUGAUGUUCAAUGUGAUGUGGGUAAAACCCUUCGACCCUGAAUGAGACACAAUGCUCACAGCCGGAUCACUACAUACAGCCUCUGUCUCUCUUCGUGAUCCAACAAUGGCUAAUUGGGAAAUUGUCUCGUUUCGAUUGAUAUUGUUCAUCAUUCUUCUGCCACAUAUUAAUGGUGUAUUAAAUAUAGAUUCAGAUCAAGAGGACUAUGACACAGGGAGCUCGAGUUUUAUUGACAUAGAUUGGACAGCUAUCCGACCUCACAUUUGGAUCCCGAGUACAACAAACAUUGGGAGCCAUCUUGACGUUCGUGUGGUUGAUGGACCAAACAAUGCUACAGGUCGAGUCGAGGUAUGGUACAAAGGUGCUUGGGGAACAGUAUGUGAUGAUGGAUGGGAUUUGAACGACGCCAAUGUCGUAUGCAGAAUGCUAGGGUUCUUCAAAGCGUCAAGUGCACCAGUCAGGGCUGAAUAUGGUGCUGGCUCUGGAGACAUUCUUCUUGAUGAAGUUGAUUGUACUGGAUCAGAAAUUAGCCUCGAAGACUGCAUCAAGAGUGAAUUUGGAGUCAAUAAUUGUGAUCACAGCGAAGAUGCUGGUGUCAUCUGUACAGAUCCUAUCUCUCUUGAUGUUCGUCUUGUCGAUGGUCCAAAUAACAACUCGGGAAGAGUUGAAGUGCAAGAAAAUGGAUCUUGGGGAACUAUCUGUGACGAUGGCUGGGAUGCAAAAGACGCUAAUGUUGUAUGCAGAAUGCUGGGGUUCUUCGGUGCAGCAUAUGCAUCUGUGCAAGCUACAUACGGUGAAGGGGUAGGAGACAUCUCACUCCGUAAUGUGGAUUGUAUUGGGACGGAAAGCAACUUGGGAACAUGCUUCCACGACAGACCUGAAUCUUUUGACUGUGCUCAUGGCGAAGAUGCCGGUGCUGCCUGCUUGGUUCUUAUCCAAGAUGAUUCUGGAAGCGGGGCAUCGUCCGUGGAUGGUGAUUUUGGAAGCGGAGAAUCGUCCGGGGAUGAUGAUUCUGUGAGCUCGUUAUCAUCCUGGAAUGAUAAUUCAGUGAGCUGGGCAUCAUCCUGGAAUGAUGAUUCUGGAAGCGGGGCAUCGUCCGGGGAUGGAACAAUGUUCGGGCUACAAUGUCCAGACCUCGUAUCAAGCACGGAUAAAGGUCUUACUACAUCAUCUACUGUCAUCAUAUCCCCACACGUGCAUGGUUCCGUUGACAAUCGUAACUUCUCUGUGGGCUGUACGUAUACUUCACAUGAUGUAUUUUACUAUGGAGACACUUGGGUUGCCUGUGCUGCACGAGAUGAUCUAGGAAACUACUUGACAUGCGAUUUCACGGUCACCGUCACAGAUGGUGAACCUCCCCAUUUGGACUGCCCUGACAUAAUUUCCACCACGGACCAAGGUCUUCCUACAUCUUCUCGCUUCCCCAACCCUCAGGCAUCAGACAAUACUGAUCCUAGUCCGUCUGUGAUCUGCUCUCGUACAUCGAGUGAUGUCUUCCAGUUUGGAGAUACCAAUGUUACCUGUCAUGCUACGGAUGAAUCAGGAAACGUUGGCAGGUGUGUGUUCGUGGUUACAGUACAAGACCCUUGUAUGGUUCAUGAUCCGUGUAUCAAUGGUGAAUGUAGCUACUAUAUCGGAUCAGGACAAUACCAAUGUGACUGCUAUGAUCAAUACGAGGGUACUCAUUGUGAUGUCAUCCCUCACCCCACUCCGAUCUGUAAGAAUACGACAUGGAUGUCAUCGCGUUUUGGAUUAAUCAGUUUCCUAGAGGGUGAGAACGGAACGUGGGCGAACUCAACUGAAGUAUGUCCAUUCAACACAACAAACGCUGAUCAACCAAUCGGUCGUGCCAUAUGCGUCGGUGAUCUGAUUUCACAGAGUACAUGGCUUCCCGAUCCCACGGAUAACUGUGGACAAUUCAGAAAUGCUGGAGAUUUACUUGGCCAGCUUUCAAAGGUUAUCGUUUCAGAUGAAAAUGUUGCUAAGCUCAGUGAAGACGUCAGUUUGGUGACAAGUAACACUGGUGAUAUCUCAUCUGAUGACAUUUUUUCGAUUGCAAAUAUAAUUUCAAAUAUAAGUGCUCGAACGAACAGUGAAAAGGUUACUGCAUCUAUUGUUGCCAUAGUGAGUAACAUCGCUGAUGUUGACACAGAAACACUUGAAUCAGCAUCAGCCUCUGUUAUUGAUGUCGUUAAAGUAUUUGAGCGGCAGAUCAAAAGUGUACCUAUAGAGGACGGUGACAAUUUCAGCAUUCAACAGAAAAAUAUUGCCGUGCAGGUCCAAAGCGUACCUACCGAUGUCAUCUCAAAUGGUUUAGUCAUCUCAUUAGCAGGAGACACCAAUUCGGAUCUGAAGAAAUUUGACACCAACAUCCAAACUUCAAAUGAAAAUCAAGCUGAAGCUACAAAACCAGAUACCAUUGCUAUUGUCAACAUACCAUCUGCGAUUUCUUCCGCUUUACCGUUGAUAUCUGGAGGAAGUUCUAAUACUAACGGCUUUGUUCGCGUGAUCUUCAGUGUCUUUUCCACACCAGCCCUUUUCAUUUCUAAAUCAUUGAAGAACACAAGUGUAGGAACCAACCGAUCUGCUAACACGCCUGUUAUAUCACUGAGCAUCGGGGACGAGAAAAUAGAAGAUCUGACAGAACCCAUCAAUUUCACUUUUACCACGAUAGAGUCUGGUCUGACAAACCCGUCGUGUUCAUACUGGGAUAUUGGCUAUAGCGACUGGUCACAAGAAGGGUGUCAGCUUCUUUCAACAUCUGGCAUUAGCUCAUCCAAUGAUAACAACUGGGAUCCUCCUCCAUCUAAUGAGAAGGAGAAGAUCGUUUGUGGAUGUAACCAUCUCACCAACUUUGCCGUCCUUAUGGAUAUUUCCAGAGAGGAAGGGUCUUUUGAGCAAGCAUACACAGUUCUAACGUACAUAGGAUGUGGUAUUUCAAUAGUUAGCCUACUUGUCACCCUCGCAACAUAUCUAUCAAACAGAGUUCUGAGGGGAAAACAGACCAACCAGAUAUUCAUUUGCCUGUGCCUGACGUUACUCUGUCUCUACCUAUCGUUCAUUGUCAUGAUGUCACUGGACAGCGCAAAACGUCAAUACCAAGUAAAGGCAGGUCCAUGCGGGUUCAUUACGGCGCUCGUUCACUACUUCGUUCUAUCUUCGCUCACUUGGAUGGGUGUGGAGGGAUACAAUACUUAUCUCAUCAUCGUCAAGAUCUUUGAUACCUACAUUCCACGGUUCAUGCUCAAAGCUGGUGGCGUUGCUUGGGGUAUUCCUGCACUGAUUGUCAUUGUAACUGGAGCCAUUGCCGAGGACAAAUAUGCGCACGGAGAUGUAUGUUUUCUCGAAUUGUGGGCUCAAAUCGGUGGUCUCCUUAUUCCCAUGACAAUUAUUCUCCUGUUCAACGUCGUCAUCUUUGCCCUCAUCGUCCGUCAACUUAUGAAGUCUUCUAAUCUCGCUGGUCGGGUGAAGAAAGAGGCCAAGGUGGAACGUAGAGAGAACAUCAAACGGGUUCAAAAUGCAAUCUGUAUCCUCCUUCUGCUUGGUCUUACAUGGAUCACUGGAUACUUCCUCAUGAUCCGAGAAUUCAGUCAGGUGGUUGAGCCCAUCUUCAUUAUACUGAACUCAUUUCAAGGACUCUUCAUCUUUCUGCUCUACUGUGUUCGUAAACCAAUGGUUCGUAAGCAGUGGGGACUGACCUGUCUGGAUAGAGUCAAGAGACAACAAGACGCUACCACAUCGAAUAUCACACAUAGCCCUGAAUCUAGGCCCCUAUCAACUUCUUUGGACGCGAAGCCGCAAGAGAAGAACAACGAGACAAGUGCCAUGCUUUGAGUUUGAGUAUUCUCAUUUCAAUAAGAUUUGUGUAUUUGUAUCUCACUUUAUAGGUUAUGUAAUUUUAAUUGUUGUGUCAUUUGUGUUAUAUGGGAAAUGAAAUACAGUGCACUUGGAAAAAAGAUACA